UUGACUUUUAGAGGAAACCAAAUAUGGCCGCUCCCGUUUCACAAGAGUUCAUGAAAUUUUCCAACGCAAAACUUUAAAAAUAAUGUAUUUAUAACGCAAUAACAUCUAUGAAUGCCGUGUUUUAAGAAUAACUAUGUCACAUGGAUUGAAAGAAAGAUCACGAUUAGGUGAUAAAAAGACUGCAAGAUCACUUUUUAGCCACGUAAAGUGGGAGCAUCUUUUUGCAGGUGUGAGUGGUGGUGUAAUUUCAACAUUGACUUUACAUCCUUUAGAUUUGGUCAAAGUAAGGUUUCAAGUAAAUGAAGGCCUACUGGCACAAGGUAUCAACACUCACAGGCCACAAUACAAAGGUAUUGUUGAUGCACUUAGGACCAUUCGUAAGACAGAAGGGAUCAAAGGACUCUACCAGGGUGUGGUCCCCAACUGCUGGGGUGCUGGAACAGCAUGGGGCUUCUAUUUCCUCUUCUACAAUGCACUGAAGGUCUACAUGCAGGAAGACCAGAAAGCUCCACUUGGCCCUGGCAAACACAUGCUGGCAGCCACUGAAGCAGGUCUGCUGACGCUAGUCAUAACUAAUCCAAUCUGGGUUGUAAAAACACGCCUCUGUUUGCAGUACGACAGAUUCUCAAUAGAUGGUACUAAGUGCCAAAAGUCGCAACAAUAUUCAGGGAUGGUUGAUACAAUGACCAAAAUAUACAAAUUUGAAGGCAUUAAAGGAUUAUAUAAGGGUAUGUUGCCAGGAGUAUUUGGGGUGUCUCAUGGUGCUCUACAGUUCAUGGCUUAUGAGCAACUAAAGCAAAAAUACAAUUCAUACCGAGAACGACCUCAAGACUGUCGAUUCAAUUCGAUGGAAUAUAUUAUGUUUGCCGCCCUAUCUAAAGUAUUUGCGGCUAGUGCAACUUACCCCUAUCAGGUGAUUAGGUCACGACUACAGGACCAACAUAGACAAUACAAUGGCAUUGCAGAUGUUAUAAGGCAAACAUGGAGAAAUGAACGGACUAGAGGAUUUUACAAAGGACUGGUUCCAUAUCUUCUCCAUGUAACUCCCAAUAUCUGUAUAGUGUUUUUACUAUAUGAACAAGUGACUCAAUUAACAAUUUGGAAACAUUUAUUCAACAGACAUGAUGAUGCUGAUGAGGAUGAAUUGAUAAGAUGAUGAUGGUCAGAUGAUGAAAAUUAGGCAAUCUGUACAUUCUUAAGAUAGAUUUCUAUUUGAUUCCACAGCAUUGGAGUAUAAUGUGCUUCAUUGAGCAUAUCAUUGUUAUCUCCAUGGAGCAUGUCAUUGUUAUCUCCAUGGAGCAUGUCAUUGUCAUUUCCAUGGAGCAUGUCAUUGUCAUUUCCAUGGAGCAUGUCAUUGUUAUCUCCAUGGAGCAUGUCAUUGUCAUUUCCAUGGAGCAUGUCAUUGUCAUUUCCAUGGAGCAUGUCAUUGUUAUCUCAAUGGAGCAUAUCAUAGUUAUCUCCAUGGAGCAUGUCAUUGUCAUUUCCAUGGAGCAUGUCAUUGUUAUCUCCAUGGAGCAUGUCAUUGUUAU